AUGGAUUUCGAAAAUCCAUCCUUCUCUUUGAGAUUGCCGGGAUCAUCUUGCAUAGCGGCUGGUUAUCUGAGUUCGAAGAGGAUCCCACCUCACGGGAGUUUGAUGCUCGUCUCUGAAGAAGCUGCUUUUGCGUAUGAUGUUGCUGCUCGAUCCAUCCGACGCCUCACCAUGCCCCAACAUGCAGAACUCAACAGCGACAUGAUGCUCGAUGCACUAGACGCCUUAGAAGAGCGACGCGAUCAAGCACUACUACGGAUUCAAAACUACCAACACAUGAUCAAAGGAUACUACAACAAGAAGGUACGCGCCAGGCCACUGGAACUCGGGGACCAGGUCCUGCGCAAAGUGUUCGAGAAUACCAAAGAAUGGGGAACUGGAAAACUCGGCACGAAGUGGGAAUGGCCUUACAAAAUCGUCGAAGUCAUACAACCCGGCGUUUACCGCCUCAAAACUUCAUCGGGAGAACCAGAUAAGCGUGCCUGGAAUUCCAUGAACCUGCGCCUAUACCGCAGCUAG